AUGUACCUGUUGAUGCUAUUUCUAUUCCUCAGGUCCCUGUGCCAGAUAAUGCUCCAGAUAUUACGGAUCCAGGCUAGCAGCACCGUACACGAUGUGAACGAUGGUUUGUACAGAUCUAUCCUCCCCAUUAUACAAGUCUACAACAAACGGAUGUGGCUAGAAUAUAUCAUCCCCCUCGCGAGUGAGGACGACCUGGUCAUGACCGCCAUAGCAUUACUUUAUUCGAGCCAUAUGAACGGGACGGGCACCGGUGAAUCCGCUGAACUUUAUCACGACCACUUCCAACAUCUCUGGUCUACAAGAGCAAGGAAUAAUAUCUUGAGCGCUGAUGAAAACCACGCGACUCUUGUCGCUCUUCUUAUUUUACUGCUUUCUGCGAUUGGCGGCCCAGAUUCGCUUUUCGUCCUGGCUGAAGCCAUGUUGCUUAGAUGUUUGCUGGCUGAUAUUUCGGCGCCCAUGACUCAGACUGCAGAAGAACACGCUGCUAUCAAGCAAUGGGUCCGUGAUGAGAUGGAUCUCAUGAAGAAGAUAAGGGAGGAUCCGAGUUACAGGUUUCAGUCGCCGUCGGUUUCGGAUAGGAUGGAUGAGAGCUGA